CGAUGUCUCCGCUGUCAUUUGAUGAUUCGGAUGGAGUUGGAGACAACGAUGUCGUGUUGUUGAAAAAAAAAUCCUUCUAAAUUUUACUUUCGUCAGCAUAAAAAAGUAGCGUGGUGUUGUGUCUUAUUUCGAGUGAAAAUUGUCGCAGUUAGAUGCAAAAACGCAGGAUUAUUUCGAUAAGUAAUCUUUUGCAUUAAUAAGUAUGUCCAAUAGUGAGCUGACGCCAAAAGAAUCACUGGUUAGGCAUCGGUUCCGGAUGAAUGCAGAAGAGCUCUUCCGGACAACACACCCGGGUGUUGAUUUACUUCAUCCAGUUCUCCGUAACGCAUUCAGGUGGUAAGAUCAGGUAGUGGUAAAACCUACGUUGAAAGACGCCGUCGUUUCAAUAUCAAUGAUAAAAUAAAGGAGCUUGGAACGCUUUUGCCCCGUAACUUCGAAGGUUCCAGCAGUGACAUCAACGGAAAGGAUGGCCGAGUGAACAAAGGGACCAUCCUCAAAGGAACCGUGGAUUAUGUUAAGGAGCUGAAACAGGAAGUCUGCGCUUUGCGUCGAAAUGGUGAUCUCUUGGUUGCUAUCAAGAACGAAAACAUCAUUCUACAGCACAAACUGGCGGUAAAGUAUAGGAUUAUGCGAGUAAUCCCUGUUUAUGGUUUAUAAUUUAUUAGGUAACAUUUUAAACGAUCCUCAGUACAUAAUAUAGUUUUAAGUUUAAUGCAAUUCUUAGCUUUCAGCGGUAAUAUAUUCUUUUUUACAGCUUGUUCAUAGAGUAAGUAUUAUCACACUGCAGUUCUUUAUGAUACCAUACAAUUAAUAUACUUUAAUCAAUUAUUGUUUAAUCUGACAGGGUUUUCGCUUGGAGGGAGGAAUUCUACCGGUUUAUAUCAUAAUAGCCGAAGAUCGACCAACAGCUGGCACCCACCAAACAAGGUAUCGUUAGGGUAAAAUUCUACCUGUACGUGGAGAUGUGCGAAAACAAUCUGCAGCUGGAGAACCACGUCAAAAGGCUGCAGAACCUUCGCAAGGAACUCAAUCACAUCAAGGAUACGGACUGGCAGUACGAUUCGAUGGAUAAAUACUUUGGACACAAUUAGAAGGUUUUUACGGUUCAUAACAAUCUUCAGUGGUGACAGUGAGAUAAGCAGCAAGAAAUCAAUAGUUUGUUUUAUAUAAGCACGACAUCGGAAGCAAGUUUGCGAGAAAAUGUUGCGCUUGAUGAAAAAGGCGAUGUGGAGUCUGGUCUCCACCGUCGGAGGCCAGCAGGAAUCGGAAGAGGAGAAAAUCAAACGACUGGAAGCAUUGGUAGAAGAUAACGACGAGAAAGAAGAUGAGAGUGAAAAACUUGGUUUAAAGGACGAAGAUAAAAAGGAAAUUCAGGCAACCAACUGCUUCGCACAAACGGGUUUUGUGACAAAAGUUGAGGGAAAUUAUAUUGUAAUCGAUACGACGCUACAUGUGGACAAAAAAGUACUGCAAGCUUGCCCGUUCCAACACCAGCUGGAGGUGGGUGUGAAGGUGUCUUACCUGGCGUACAAAGCCCCGGAUAGUGAGUCUAUAAAAGUGAUCAAAUUGGAGGCGCUGCUAAAUGAAGUGUGGGGAGAAAAACAGAAGGAGAAGGCACAGGAAGAGGAGAACAAGGAACUUGUACAUGAAAUUAGUCCCACGUACUUCAACUACAACCAGCGGAGCGAGCAGGGAACGGUCAUCGCCAAACGCCGCGGACUGCUGACUGUGGAAACUGACCAGGGCGAACACUCCAUCGAGAUGGACAAUGUCAAGCUUACUUGUGUGCUUGAGGUCGGCGACUACGUUGUGCUAGAUUGUCUCGUUCAAAUCGAUGAAACGUACUUCGAUACGCGCGGCAAUAUUUUGGAGGUACGAGGAAUAGCCCCUACUCGGGUAGUUCAGGGAAGUGGAUUCGUAACCAAAGCGGACACCGAUGGGGGCGAAAUUCGAAGCGACGAUGGAGUGUAUCACUAUCUAACGGAUGUGUGCGAAGCUGGCCAGGUUCCAAAUCACGGCGAUAAAGUUAUCUUCGAAGCGGUGGAAAACAGCCAACUGAAUUUCCGCUGCACAAAAUUGGUGAUCGAAACGGCUGCCCCACGUGCGGUAGAAACUAACAAAGAGGAAGUUAAAUCCAAGUACGACGAUGACUUUUUCUUCGACAAACGGGGCAUCAAGAUAACCGAUAACCUCGAGGUGAAAUUUGAAAACGUGAACGAGCGGAAGGAAAUAGAUGUGAUCAUACGGAACGAGGGUGAGCGUCAGCAUAAGAUUAUGCGAUCGGUGUUCAUGUCCAAUAAGCAAACAUCUCAAAUGCGAUUGCUACACCCGAGAAUUACGGAUACGGCCAUUUUGAAACCAGGAGAUUCGGUUAAGUAUACGUUCGAGAUCAAUGCCAAGAACUACGGUAUCAGUAAGGAGAUUUUCAUGUGGGCGUUUGGAGGAGGCUUCAAGAUAGCAAGAUACGUAACCGUCGUAGUUGGGGACUCUGAGGUUAUCAACGAUCCGAUCAGAAACGAAGGAACGACCAAAGCCCGUACUGCCGCUGGUUCACAUAAAUUAGCCGCGUGGAACGUUUAUAAAAAGGGAGGCGAAAUAACACCUGGACAGAAGAUUUCCAAAAGAGCUAACUUCAUCGAUAUCAAGAUAGGUGGUUAUCAUGUGCCCGAUGAACUCAAACAAAUUUUGUUAAACCCUUCCAUGAGUCGGAACCAAAUUGACGAAGAAUUGGAUCGUACUCAGCGUUGCUUGCAGCAUCCGCUGUGUCCGGAGAACUACAAGGCCGUAUUCAAGACAUUCCUUUGGAUGGAAGACGUUCAGUGUGAGAUUUCGAUUGCCCGAUUCAAUGUCGAUCGAGGCCAUUUCACACGAGAAGACAGUUAUCUUGCUCUGCGAAUUGAAAACGUUGCUGAAAGCAGACCUUCGUUAAUUCCUGGAGACAAGCUGGUGGCUACCACACCAUGGGCGGCCAACAAUCACGAAUUGGCAAACGGAGCGUUUAUACAUAAGAUUUUGAAGCAUAAGAUUCUGGUUAAGUUCAGUGAACACUUUCACGAGAAGUACAACGGAGAGGAUCACAAAAUUACUUUCCAGCCGACGAGAGGGGCAUUCCAGAAGCAGCAUCAUGCAAUCAAUUGUGUUACAAGCGCAAUGGGGAUGGAUUUCCUGUUCCCAACUAAAAUCAACCUACGAGAACCAUGGAUGGACCUAAAAAUCAAUGAAAAUGGCAACUUGGCUACCAAUGAGUUUGAUAACGAGUUCAACUGGCAUAAUCCAAUGCUGAAUCCGAUACAGAAAGAAGCGAUCAAGAACAUUCUACGCUCUGAAGCAAGGCCGCUUCCGUACAUAAUCUUUGGACCACCUGGUACCGGAAAAACGAUGACCUUGAUCGAACUGAUACAUCAAAUCGUGAAGCUGUUUGCAGACAGUCGAAUCAUGGUGGCCACACCAUCGAACAGUUCGGCUAAUCUAAUUACGGAGCGAAUCAUAAAUGCUAAAAUAUUACGUCCUGGUGAAUUCAUUCGAAUUGUUGGUCUGAACUACGUGGAACAGGAACUGGUUCCGGAACAUCUGGCACCGUAUUGCGGUACGGUUGACAUUGCAUCUGAGCGUACCGUGAAAGAUGAAGUAAUCAUUACAGAAUCCGGGUUGAAGCACAAGUUGCAAUUGAAACAUUUGGGUCGUCAUAGAAUCACCAUUGGAACAUGCGUAACUCUCGGCACGUUGAUGCAGAUUCGCUUCCCUCGGAAUCAUUUCACGCAUGUCCUCAUCGAUGAAGCCGGGCAAUGCUUGGAAUCAGAAUCACUCAUUCCGAUGACAUUCAUAAAUCAAAACUGUGGAACCGUUGUACUGGCUGGUGAUCCGAUGCAGCUGGGUCCAGUAGUGAUGAGCAGUCACGCGUCCGACCGUGGAUUCGGCACUUCGAUGUUGGUACGUUUGAUGGAUACACCUCUAUACAGAACCGAUAAAACACGCUUCCCUAAGACAAGUGGAUACAAUCCUCGAUUGGUAACGAAGCUGCGCUACAAUUAUCGUUCGGUUCCAAGCAUUCUGGAUAUCUAUAGCGAGCUUUUCUAUGAAUCCGCACUUAUUGCUAGAAUUCCUGCGGAAGGAGGCGACGAAGCAAAGUUCCUCGAUUUAGUUUACGAUAUUCUACCGAUAAAAACAGUUCAGCAGCCGAAAUGUGGCUUUAUUUUCUGGGGAGUCAAUGGAGUCAACAAACAGACACCCGAAAGUCCGUCGUGGUUUAAUCCAGCCGAAGCGAAAAGUGUCUUCAAUAUGCUGCUUAAGCUGUACAAGAAAGGCGUUCGCCCUGAAGAUAUUGGAGUAAUAACUCCGUACCAGCAGCAAGCCAAGACCAUCCGUAGAAUCCUCGAAGAAAGCAAUCUUCAGAAGCCGAAGAUCGGGAGCGUUGAGGAAUUCCAGGGCCAGGAACGAAUGGUCAUACUAAUCUCAACGGUGCGAACAUCCAAAUCGCAACUCCUUAGCGACCAACAGCACGCUCUCGGAUUCGUCGCCAGUCCAAAGCGUUUGAAUGUGGCAAUCUCGCGGGCACGGGCUUUGCUGAUCAUUUUUGGCAGUCCUCAGUUGCUCUCGGCGGACAAGCAGUGGCUGAAGCUGCUCUACCGGGCCAUCAACAAUGACACCUACUGUGGCUGUGAUCUUCCCGACCAUUUGGCACCCCAUGCGAUAUCCGACCGGGCGUUAAACGGUUACAAUCAUACGGAUGAAAAUUAGAUUAGCUUUGAUAAGAUGUCAUAAAUCGCGAAUAAACCUACAUGCUUACUCUAUUUUAAUCGAUCCAAAACAUUUAUGAAUUCUUUUAGUUUUAUGUUUCGUACAAGGCACAGCGUCUUUAAUAAAAAGAAAAUAAAUAAUUAUUUUGAUUAAAACUGUAA